ACGGGCCGGAAGCCUCGGUCGGACCAUGAGGAGGAGCUCCACGCUCAGGCGGCGCAGCGGAGCCGCGUGCUUUGACGAGUUCGGCUUCGCAGUGACCAGCAGGAAGCAGCGGAAGCUUCAGCACAGGUGUCACCAUUACAGGUGCGACCCUGCCGCCGCGCGCGCGCGCCUCCGCCCUCGGGUCUGAGCUGCUGUUUGCCUUGGCUUCACCCACUGAUGUCCUUCUCUUCUGGUGCCGACGGUGUUGGUUGGAGGAAAAGCUCUCUCCACUGUGGCGCGUCAGUCCCGCCGGAUCUGCCGCCCAGCAGGGCUGUAGCUCCCGCUGAGGAUCUGCGCUUGUGUGUCAGUGCCCCGCAGAUGAGCCCGGCCAGGGUCAAGGAGCUGUGUGAGCUGCUCACCUGCUGGAAUGGCUCCAGCUUCAUCUGCAGGAGCCAGGUCGAGCGCUUCAUCCGGAUGGGUGUCCCCGCAAGCCUCCGGGGCCGGGUGUGGAAGUGUCUUCUGAACACGGACGGCCUGAGGGAGAGCAGCCGCUUCAGUUAUCAGAGAUGCCUGCUGGAGGUGCGGGAGCGCCUGGUGGACCUGGGCAUCAGCGAGUACAGCGUCUUAUCUGCCAUCGCCACGCUGAGCGACGCUCAGAACCUCCCGCCGUCGGCCCGCGACCACGAGGACCACAUCGCUCUGUUCCGGCAGGUGGCUCUGGACCUACAGCGCUCCUUUCCCAGCCACCGUUCUCUCAUGGGCGACAGUCCGGAAGCCAUCGAGGGUCAGGCCAAGCUCUUCCGGGUUCUCAUCGCCUACGCCAAGUACAACCCGCGGGUCGGCUACAGCCAAGGCAUGUCCUACAUUGCUGCUGUGCUGCUGAUGCACUUGGGGGAGGAGGAAGCCUUCUGGGCCCUGACCGCUCUCCUGGACCAGCCCAAGUACCUGGCCCAGCUCUUUGACCUGGAGCUCACCCAGGUCCAACAUCAGGUCCGAGUGUUUGAGCAGUUCCUGAGACACAGAAAGCCCAAGCUCUCCCAGCACCUGGAGUCGCUGGGAGUCGUCCCCUUCCACUUUGUGAUGCCGUGGUUCCUCUGUCUCUUCACCUCGCUGCCCUGCUGGGACUCGGUCCUGCUCAUCUGGGACCUGGUCGCCCUGCGCGGUCUGUCUGCCCUCUUCCACGCGGCUCUGACCAUCGCUGACCUGCUGGAGUCUCGCCUGAUGGAGCAGAGGGAGGAGGGCGCGGUGCUGCCUCUGCUGCUGCGCGUUCCUGUGGACGUGUGAGUGAAUCCAUUCGUGCUGCCACGCGCUGCAGGGUCAGCAGGACCUGGCUCCUGUGACGCUGAAGACCCACCGGUCCUCCAGAGGAGCGGCCCCCCUCUGGGACGCAGUCUGCCCCUGGGUUCUUCAGCCUGAGGCCACAGAGUGACGGGAGACUGGAGCCUCUGACGCGGGACUGGUCUCAGGACGGGAGCGUCGGCGCUGGCCCGGGGGCUUCAGCACUGGUCGACCUCUGAGAUGCAAGUCCCGGGUGGAGAUGUUUCUGACUGGAGUCUGCUUCUGCAGAGCCCGGGCCCCUGCGUCCCGACGUGGAGGUGUCACGCAGACGGCUGUUUUGGUGGCCCACAGCCAUCGUCAUGGCAACUCGGCAGGGUCCCUGGGUUUGUGUCCGCAGACCGACGAGAUGAACUGGUCCUUGUUGGUGCUGUCCAGCCCACGUGACUGUGUUCUGGAAGGUCCUGCACAAGUGAACACCAGAGGUGGAACGUUGCCCCCGGUGGCCAGUCCAAACAGGAAGUGAGGGGUGCGGUGAGGCGCUGGGCAGCCCUGGUACACACGGCAGUCUGGUGGCGUCCCAACACCUGUGUGGCUGUUGAAUCAUGCAGAGUCCAGGCUUGUUCCUCUGGUGGAGACACUUGAGCUGGAGCUGGCACGCGCCCCUCCGCCCGCCGGUCCACGUCCUGCUCUGUGGCGGUGGCGAGCCGCCGUUGCCACGCAGCAGCGCCUCCCGUGGGCCAGAGCCGUCUGGGCCCUCGGCCUGGAUGUGCAGUCCAAGUCGGACUGGAUUCACUUUGGUCCUGUGUGAGUGUCGGCAGCCACCGCGCUGGCAGAAGAAGACCGCGUCUCUGAGAAGACUGAGCUCAGCCGGCAGGAUGAUCCGGCGCAGAAGACUUGGCCGACACUGAGGGAGCAGAACAGGGCUGGUCCACCAUCGUCUCCAGUUGUCGUCUUCUCUCUCCAGCCUGCCCCUCUUUUCUUCCACUGAUCCUCGUCUCCGCUCAGCUGGAGGAGUCACUUGCUCACCUCCCACCCUUCCUCCGGGGCCGACCCGAGAUGAUCCGACCAGUGAAUCCCAAACUUUUUCUGGUGGCAGCUCCGGCUCCAUGUUUCAUUGAAAACUCUGACUCUCCCUCUCUGUCAUGGCCUCAGGUCCCAGUACACGGUGCUGGUUCCGGCCCUGUGGACCACCGAGGUGCAGGACUGGGAGCUGCGCUGCAUGAGCCAGCUGGUCCUGGACGACGCCCAGCACGGCCUGAGAGCAGAGCUCGGGCCUCGGCUGGAGGGUCCGGCGGCUCGGGAGGGUGCCGGACUGGGAUCAGCGCCGCAGGAGGCUGAGAGAGGC